GUCGAACGUAAUAUUUAGAAGUGUAGUUUAUUUAAAGUGUAGACAACGAAGAGAAUAAGGUUUUAAUUAUGACUAAAGAUAUACAAAUAGAAGAAGCAGAAGAAGAAAAAGAAGAAGAGGAGCGUAUUACUAGUAGUGAUUCCCUUUUGUAUAAAGCGGUUCUUAAUGGAAACAUAGAUGAACUAAAAAAAUUACUUACAAGUGAUAAUACCUAUUACAAGGAGCAUAUUAAUGACCUAUACGAAGACUUUAGCAGUCAAAAAGACGAAGUAAAAAAAACUCUUCUAUACAUCGCUUCAGAAAAGGGUGACGUACCGUGUUUAACUGAACUGAUUAAACAUGGCGCAGAUUUAAAUAUAUCUAGUUCUAAUAAGAAAACUCCACUCUAUAUAGCUGCAGAAAAAGGAAAUAAAGAGUGCCUUAUUCUAUUACUUGACAAAGGUGCAGAUAAAGACAAAGGAGGCCCAUAUGAGGCUACUCCAGCUUUUAUAGCAGCUUUGAAAAAACACCAAAAUUGUCUAACUGAAUUAAUCAAACGAGGGGCACCAGUAAAAAGACGUGACACCAUUUUCGAAAAAGAGGACACUGUGGCCAAUGAUUUGCGCAAAGCAAUUGAUUCAGGUGAUGCUGAAAAUCUAAAAAAUCUUAUUGAGGAUACAGACUUGUCAGAAAUAAUCAGUAAGAGAGAUGCAACAGGCAAAACUGUUUUCCAUCACGCAGUAGAGAAAAAUCGAAAACAGUGCCUAGACUUGUUGAUAAAAUCCGUCUCAGACGAAAAAAAACCCACAGUUAUUGACAAACCUAACGUUUAUGGUCACACUCCACUUUAUGUUGCAGCCAUACUGAAGAACGAUUGUUUCGCCUUGUUGAAAGAAAAUGGUGCCAAUUUUAGCAAAGCUUUGUACUCAGCUGUUUUAGAAGGACAUAAAGAGUGUUUACAAAAUUUUAUUCAAGAAGAUAUCGACUUUGGUUAUAAAGCGUACAAGCGUUGUUCUAAAACGGAUGCUCGAGCCAAUGGUGAAAAUAACUCAAAUCGUAGCGGCCACGGUGAAGAUGAAGCACAAACACGUUUAAUUGAAGAUCACUCUACUGAUGCAAGCAAAACACGGUGUUUCAAAUGUUGCAUUAAAGAAGAUGACUUAGAAUGUACCGACUACGAUGAAGGUGAAACACAGUGCUUAAAAUGUUUCAUUGAAGAAGAUGAAGAUUGCUUAGUUCAUGAACAUGAUGAUCCCGGUUGCAAUAGUCUAAUAGAGGAAAUUUUUACCCAUGUUAAUGAACCGGUUAAUUUUAUAAACCACGUAUUUGAGUCCACCUCAGUGGAUAUUGAGAAGUCAAAAAUGAAUAAAGAGAAAAUUUACAGAGUGGAUUUUAAAAUGUUCCUGCCGAAGAGAGACACAGAUCGGGGCCAAAUGCAUGUUUUUGCUUGUUUAUUGAAAGCAAUGAAUAAUGAAGAAGAAAUUAGUGUUCUGAAUAACAUUUUCUGUCAAAUAUUCUUGAAAGCAAAACUGAAAACUAGAACCUUGUUCUGGAUAUUGCUCUUUAGACUUUUUAUCUGGUAUGCAUACUUUGCCUGUGUAGUUUUGUAUACUGCUGUUGUGCUAGAGAUUUUUGAAUUCGCUUCAGUUCAGUUAAUACCGAUAAGCACCAUGGGAAUAUUUCUGCUAAUACGAUUCUUACUGCAAAUAAAUCAGAUACUUCUCCUUCUGGAAAACCGUCAGUCAGGAAUUUACUCUAGAUGGACGAUCGCAAAGUCUGUUCUAGUCAUAGUUUCUGUGAUUUUCACAAUCUUUUACCUCAUACUUACCAUACUCUUCAUGAACACCACGAUCCUUGGCCACGAAAUAAGUACUUUGAGCAAGAUGUUGGCAAUAAUCAUUAUUAUACUACACAACAUAGAAUUUAUUAUGAUACAUCUUAAAUUUACCCUAUUUAGCCAUUAUUACUCCAUGUUUCUAAUGGUAUUACUCAAGACCCUCAAGGCAAUCGGGUUCUUCAUUCUGCCAAUUUCGUGCUUCAUAAUUAUUUUCCGUUUACAAUUUGGGCACUAUAGCGAAUUCAGCACGCUUUUUCGUACCUUCGUUAAAACAAUCGUGCUAAUGACCGGCGAAUUCGAAUAUGAAAAUACUUUGCACAACGAACUGGCCAACGUCACAAAGAGCUCCAGCGCUCGUCUGCUAGAAGCUUCAAGAAACCUAGAAUCUUUUUAUGUGCGAUUCUUAUUUCUUGCUUUCAUACUCUUAGUCAACUUGGUUUUGUUGAACUUGAUUAUUGGUUUAUCGGUAGAUAACGUCGCAAGGGCAAAGAAGGCAGGCAAUGCUGUGAGUAUACACCAGAAAGCUGAAUUUUGCAUACAAGUGGAAAAUUUUUUGCGAUACGUGAAAAAAAAAUGUGGAGUCCAAUGGAUUAAAAAUUUGGCGGGGUUUGUGGAGAAGCACGCCAAAGUUGAGUCGCCUUAUGAGAUGAAGAGAAGCGAAACUGACGUAUUCCGCCAGAAAACAUUCGACUCUCUAGACGAACUUGUGAGAAAUGCUAACCUUUCAAAACAACCAAGCGACCUUUCUACGUUGCUUUACAAUUCUUCUGGGACGAGCAAGCAAGCAAAGAAAUAAGCAUCAAAUAGAAACUAUGGGUAUAAUGUACAAUUGGCUUCAAAAAAACAGGAAAUGUCAGAAAAAGUUCUGCCAGAUUUUAUUAAUUUUUUUUUAAUUUAAUUGAGCUUUUUAGAAUUUAGGUUAAAAAACUGCACUUUUUUUGUACGUGCCAGAAAUGUUAAUUCCUUUUUUACAGAUACGACUGUCAAAUAGACAAGAAUGUUUGCGUUUUUUUUUAAAGUUGGUAACUUACUCAAAAUUUUAUGAUGGCAUAGCUCAUGUCAAAAUUGACAACUGUGGACUAACGUACAAUAGUAUGGAUGGCAAUAAUUCAGAAUUGCCAACAUAAAAAUUUGCUUCACCCGGUGUUUAAGUAUAUAAUUAUGUGUAUGUAAUUAUAAAACAACAAUAACACAUUGACUUAGUUCUGUGUAUUUACAUGUACUUAUAAUAAACCAAAAUGUUGAGCUUCAAUUCAAACAAUUAUAUUAACAACAUUAAAUAAAAAAUAAACCUAACGCUCUAAUAUCUUCUA